UGGGAGCAGCGGGCUCCAGGGCGCCCCUGCUCGGCUGCCAUGGCCAUGCACGGAAAGCUGCGCCGGGAGCGGGGACUGCAGGCCGAGUAUGAGACGCAAGUAAAAGAGAUGCGCUCGCAGCUGAGUGAGCAGUUGCGCUGCCUGGAGCUACAGGGUGAGCUGCGGCGGGAGCUGCUGCAGGAGCUGGCGGAGUUCAUGCGGCGCCGUGCAGAGGUGGAGCUGGAGUACUCCCGUGGCCUGGAGAAGCUGGCUGAACGCUUCUCCAGCCGUGGAGGCCGCCUGGGGGGCAGUAGCCGGGAGUACCAAAGCUUCCGGAAGGAGCCGUCCCUCCUGUCGUCCUUGCACUGCUGGGCUGUGUUGCUGCAGCAGACGCGGCAGCAGAGCCGGGAUAGCGCGGCCCUCAGUGAGGUGCUGGCCGGGCCACUUGUCCAGCGCCUGAGUCACAUUGCGGAGGAUGUGGGCCGCAUAGUCAAGAAGAGUAAGGAUUUGGAGCAACAGCUGCAGGAGGAGCUCCUGGAGGUGGUGUCAGAGCUUCAGACGGCCAAGAAGACGUACCAGGUGUACCACACAGAGAGCAUGAAUGCUGAGGCCAAGCUCCGGGAAGCUGAGCGUCAGGAGGAGAAGCGGGCUGGCCGGAGUGCUGCUGCUGCCCCAGCCACCGCCACCACAGAAGCAGGGCCCCUCCGCAAGACUUCCCUCAAGAAGGGAUCACGGCUGGUGGAAAAGCGUCAGGCCAAGUUCUUGGAGCACAAACUCAAGUGCACAAAGGCGCGCAACGAGUACCUGCUCAGCCUGGCCAGUGUCAACGCUGCUGUCAGCAACUACUACUUGCAUGAUGUCUUGGACCUCAUGGAUUGCUGUGACACAGGGUUCCACUUGGCCCUGGGGCAGGUGCUCCGGAGCUACACGGCUGCCGAGAGCCGCACCCAAGCCUCCCAAAUGCAGGGCCUGGGCAGCCUGGAAGAGGCGGUGGAGGCUCUAGAUCCUCCAGGGGACAAGGCCAAGGUGCUGGAGGUGCAUGCAGUCGCCUUCUGUCCCCCGCUGCGUUUUGACUACCAGCCCCAUGAGGGGGAUGAGGUGGCUGAGAUCCGGGUUGAGGUGGAGCUGCGGGACGAGAUUCUGCCCAGAGCCCAGAAUAUCCAGAGUCGCCUGGACCGACAGACCAUAGAGACAGAGGAGGUGAACAAGACUCUAAAGGCCACACUGCAGGCCCUGCUGGAGGUGGUGGCAUUGGAAGACGGGGACGUGCUUGACUCCUUCCAGGCCAGUCCCUCCACUGAGUCCCUCAAGUCCACCAGCUCGGACCCAGGUGUUCGGCAGGCUGGCCGGAGGCGGGGCCAGCAGCAGGAGACUGAGACCUUCUACAUCACGAAGCUCCAGGAAUACCUGAGUGGACGGAGCAUCCUUGCCAAGCUGCAGGCCAAGCAUGAGAAACUGCAGGAGGCCAUUAAUCGAGGUAACAAGGAGGAGCGGCAGGUGCCUUGGACUCAGUACACACAGAGAAAAUUGCAGAAGAGCCACCACCCCCGCCCCAGCUCCCAGUAUAACCAUAAGCUCUUCGGGGGAGACAUGGAGAAGUUUAUCCAGAGCUCAGGCCAGCCCGUGCCCCUGGUGGUGGAGAGCUGUGUCCGCUUCAUUAACCUCAACGGCCUGCAGCACGAGGGCAUCUUCCGAGUGUCGGGUGCCCAGCCCCGGGUCUCAGAGAUCCGCGAUGCGUUCGAGAGAGGGGAGGACCCACUGGUGGAAGGCUGCACGGCCCAUGACCUGGACUCAGUGGCUGGGGUGCUGAAGCUCUACUUUCGGAGCCUGGAGCCCCCACUCUUCCCCCCCGACCUAUUUGGAGAGCUUUUGGCUUCUGCAGAGUUGGAGACCACGGAGGAGCGGGUAGAGCUCGUGAGCCGCCUUCUGGCACAGCUCCCAGGACCGGUGCUGGUGGUCCUGCGUUACCUCUUCACCUUCCUCAACCACCUGGCCCAGUAUAGCGAUGAGAACAUGAUGGACCCAUACAACCUGGCCGUGUGCUUCGGGCCGACACUGCUGCCCGUGCCCCCUGGGCAGGACCCUGUGGCCUUGCAGGGCCGGGUGAACCAGCUGGUGCAGACGCUCAUUGUGCAGCCCGCACGGGUUUUCCCACCCCUGACCCUCCUGCCAGGCCCUGUCUACGAGAAGUGCAUGGCACCGCCUUCCGCCAGCUGCCUGGGGGACACCCAGGUGGAGGGCCUAGCAGGGGAGAACGAGCCGGAGCUGGAAGCCGGGAUCCCAGUUCAGGAGGAUGCCCUGGAGGGGGUGGUGGAGGCUGUGGCCUGCUUUGCCUACACGGGCCGCACAGCCCAGGAGCUGACCUUCCAGCGCGGGGAUGUGCUGCGGCUGCACGAGCGGGCCUCAGGCGACUGGUGGCGGGGAGAGUGUGCUGGCACUCGGGGACUCAUUCCUCACAAGUACAUCAUGUUGCCUGAGGGAGCAGAGAAGCACAUGGUGGGCCAGGGGCUACAGGCUUCAGGGGAGCUGCUGAGCAGUCCAGAGAGCCUCCUGGCUAUGGAGUUCAUCCAUCGGCCAGAGCCAAGCACCCCCCCUGGGGGCCCUUCUGGGCACAGACGGCACUGCUUGGUCCCAACCUCCCCAGAGCGACAUGUGGAGGUGGAUAAGGCUGUGGCGCAGACCAUGGACUCCGUGUUUAAGGAGCUCUUGGGAAAGACUGCUGUCCGCCAGGGCCUCGGGCCAGCACCCACCAACUCUCCCAGCCCCGGGCCCCGCAGCCCGAAGCCUGUAGGCUGCAGCCGCCUUGGCAAGAACAAAGGGUUCUCCUGAAGCCCUGGGGCACCAGCCUCACCCUCAGUGUCCCAACCUCAGGGCCUGGACUCACCCCUCAAACCACACUGAGGUGCUUCUGGCUCCCCCUCACUCUAGGGGGUCACUGGCAAGACCUUCCACCCUCCCCAGGCCCUUUGCUUCUCCCUAGCCCUGUCCAGCAAGCAUGAAGCAUCUGCUUUUGACCCUUUGCAGAGAGGACAUAGCUGCCCAAACAUGUUCCUGCCUGCCCCAGCCCCGGCUUAGGCCCCUUUGGGGAAGCAGCCAAAGGAGGCUGAGGGCAGGCCCCUCCCCAGCUUUUCUGUGAGGGCUCAUCAGUGGCUGGUGGAUGGUGGGUGUCCUGCUCAGAUGAGCAUGCCCACCAAUGCCCAGGCCCUUCUCUGCCUCAGCUGAGGCAUGAGACUGGCAGGGGUUGGCAGGCAUUGGCAGCCAUUCAUAAAGACUUGUGCAUUGACUCCCCAGCGUGAACCAGUUCUCUUGUCUUGGGGGACUGGGCAGGUGGGUACCGGGCCAACUCCCUGGC